GUCACAUUUUCGCCCCUUGCCUCAUAUCUUCCUCCUUAGGCUUUGGAGAGAGACAACAAAAGAGAGAAAAAAGAGACUGUUCGACACAGAGAGAAAGAGAGAAGAUGUCGGACGACGAGCACCACUUCGAGUCCAAGGCCGACGCCGGAGCCUCCAAGACCUUCCCCCAGCAAGCUGGUACCAUUCGUAAGAAUGGCUACAUCGUCAUCAAGGCCAGGCCUUGCAAGGUUGUUGAAGUCUCCACUUCAAAAACCGGGAAGCAUGGACAUGCAAAGUGCCACUUUGUGGGAAUUGAUAUUUUCAGCGGCAAGAAGCUUGAAGAUAUUGUUCCGUCAUCCCACAACUGUGAUGUGCCCCAUGUUAAUCGUAGUGAUUAUCAGCUCAUUGACAUCUCUGAAGAUGGUUUUGUGUCUCUUCUCACUGAAAGUGGAGGUACUAAAGAUGACCUGAGGCUUCCUACCGACGAUACUCUGCUUGCACAGAUUAAAGGUGGGUUUGAGGAAGGAAAAGAUCUUGUUGUCAGUGUCAUGUCUGCAAUGGGGGAGGAGCAAAUCUGUGCUGUGAAGGACAUUGGCAAAAAUUAAUAAGUGCUAUAGCAUACCCAGUAGCUGUAGCAAAGGCAACUAUGUGUUUAACAGGGAAUCUAUAUACUCUCUGAAUGCUCUUUAGAACUACAACUGUUUAGAUGGUCUUGGAAGUGUUUUAUUUGAACUUUUCUUGGACUUGUAACAGACAUAAAAGAUGCAAAACGGCUGCCUUGAUCCUUCUAGGGAGGAAACUUUAACUUUCAUCAUAGCUUUUAUAUCUAUAUACAUGGUACCAUCUGCUGGUUUGCCUUAAUAUAGUUUCAAGAUUUUGCGA